GAGGAGAGGGAGAAGGGGUGGAGAUAGUGAAAUGCGGCUACCGGAUUCGGUGUACGGUCGGGCCGUAUGAUUCUGAAUUCAAUCGCUAUUAUUUCUUUCCGGGUCGGAUCUCGGAAGCGCCCGCUUUGGUGCAGGAUAACGUCUCCCUCCAACUCCACCUCCACUCUCCCUUUUCCCACCUCUCCUCCUCCAUUCUGGGACUGCACGAGCUUCACCCGUUCGCUCCAAUGGCCUCUUCUCCUCUCCUUCUCCCUUUCCCGCCCCUUCUCUCUCCUCCACUACCACUCUGAAGAGCCAAGAGAAUCCUUGCUUUGCAUCACCAAAGGCAAAGAAGGAGUGUUCCUACAUGAGAGUUUCCACCUCUCCUCCCCAUUCAAGCUGUUUGAGCCGCCCCAGGUUGAGGUCUUAUCGUUCGAGUUGGAGCUGCCGAUCCGGACUUUUAUCGAAUAGGUUAUGUGCGCAGUGUUCGGGCGUAUGGGUCGACUUCAUGGAGGGCCGGAUGGUUCGGAGUUUACGCGUCUCGCGAUGUUCGAGCCGUUGCGGCGAGCUAGGGUGAUUAUGGAGAUCCCGCUGGAAUUGAUGUUGACUAUAAGUCAGAAGCCUCCCUGGAUGUUCUUUCCUGAUAUUGUACCAGUCGGUCAUCCUAUAUUUGAUAUUAUCAACUCUACAAAACCCGAUACUGACUGGGAUCUGAGAUCAGCCUGUCUUCUUCUGUUUGCAUUUGACGUGGACGGCAACUUUUGGCAGUUAUAUGGUGAUUUCUUACCAAGUCCUGAUGAAUGCACCAGCUUGCUUCUCGGCCAGAAGGAGGACCUUUUGGAACUCCAAGACCAAGUUCUAGCUUCAAAGAUGGAAGAACAGCAGAAACGAGCAAUAGAAUUUUGGGAAAAACAUUGGCACUCUGCUGCACCUCUAAAGAUUAAACGCCUCGCUCGUGAUCCCGAAAGAUUUCUUUGGGCAUUGAGUAUCGUUCAGUCUCGUUCUGUUGGAAUGCGAAUAAGACUUGGAGCUCUUGUACAAGAUGCAAACAUGCUAGUUCCUUAUGCUGAUAUGUUGAACCAUUCCUUCCAACCAAAUUGCUUUCUUCAUUGGCGUUUUAAAGAUCGCAUGCUUGAAGUUAUGAUAAAUGCCGGGCAGCGCAUCAAGAAAGGAGAUGAGAUGACUAUAAACUACUUGAGCGGACAGAAGAACAACAUGUUUAUGGAAAGAUAUGGCUUUUCGUCACCAGCAAAUCCAUGGGAUGUUAUAAAUUUCUCUAGUACUGCCAAGAUUCACUUGGAUUCAUUCUUAUCAGCCUUCAACAUCUCCGGCUUACCUGACGAAUUCUAUCACAAUAAUCUCUUGUCCGCCGGAGAAGACAAUAGCUUCAUGAACGGAGCAGUCAUAGCCGCUGCUCGCACAUUGCCGAUGUGGUCGGAUGGAGAUAUGCCUCCGAUCCCAAGCAUGGAAAGAAAAGCCGCACGUGAGUUGCAAGAAGAAUGCCAUCAAAUGUUGUCAGAAUUCUCAACUACUUCUCGACAAGAUCAGCAGAUUUUAGAUUCUGAUGAAAAUUUUAGUAGGACACGCGAAGCCGCCAUCGAGUAUGAGAUAUAUCGUAUGCACCGGAAAUUGUUCUUAGAGAAGGUCAUUGAGGCAUUGGAUCUUUAUCAGGAUAGAAUAUUGUUCUAGGUUCUAACUAUGCACAUAUACAAGGAAUUGUUUUGUAGAAAUAGUAUCAUUUCCAGGCCUAGUCAAGAUAAUUUAUUUAUUUAUUUUUCAAAUAGCUUUUCCUAGUGAGUUCUCUGUAUUGUUUAAUUUAUCUAGUGCUGCGUAUCCAGUUUUAGCCCUAGGUUUCAACUCUAUUAACUGUAACCAGUUAAGGGCCUGACGAAACCAGUUUUAACAGGCUACUCUGCAGCUUCUUUUUUUUUUCACUUUUUAAUCGAAAUAUUCUCUACUAUUCUACGA